GCCUCAAUACAGAAGUGAACUCACAACUUGGGGGAAUGCACAUAUCCACAUGCAAAGAAAAUCUCUUCCAGAAUACACUUGCUGAUAAGUCCAGAUGAAAGAACACAACUUCUCCGCGGUGACCGAAUUCAUCCUGCUGGGCAUCACAGACCGUCCCGAGCUGCAGGCUCCACUGUUUGUGCUGUUCCUCGUCGUCUACCUGACCUCGCUGGUGGGCAACGUGGGUAUGAUCGUGCUCACCCAGGUGGACUCUGGGCUGCAAACACCCAUGUACUUUUUUCUCAGACACCUGGCUCUCACUGAUCUUGGUUAUUCCACAACUGUGGGACCCAAAAUGCUGGCAACCUUUGUGUUGGAACAAAAUACAAUCUCCUAUCAUUUCUGUGCUGCACAGCUGGCUUUCUUUCUUGUUUUUAUUGGUAGUGAGCUUUUUAUUCUGUCUGCCAUGUCCUAUGACCGCUAUGUGGCCAUCUGUAAGCCUCUGUUCUACACCGUCGUCAUGUCCCCGAGAGUAUGUUGGGUUCUAGUGGCGGUUCCCUAUCUCUACUGCACAUUUUUGUCCCUCCUCAUUUCCAUAAAGAUUUUUACUUUGCCCUUCUGUGGAUCCAAUGUCAUCAGUCAUUUCUACUGUGACUGUAUCCCCUUGAUAUCUUUGCUCUGCUCAAAUACACACGAAGUUGAAUUGAUAAUCAUGGCAUUUGCAGCUUUUGAUCUGAUUUCCUCUCUUCUGGUGGUCCUCGUGUCCUACCUGCUCAUCCUCGUAACCAUUCUGAGGAUGAACUCUGCGGAGGGCAGGCGCAAGGCCUUCUCCACCUGCGGGUCCCACCUGACCGUGGUCACAGUGUUCUACGGGACUUUGAUAUUCAUGUACGUGCAGCCCAAGUCCAGUCACUCCAAAGACACUGAUAAAAUGUCUUCUAUAUUUUAUACUUUGAUUAUUCCAAUGAUGAAUCCCUUGAUCUACAGCUUGAGGAACAAAAAUGUGAAACAUGCCAUACAAAAGACAUGGAAAAAGCUAUCCGGUGUCUUUCCUUAA